AUUAGUGUACAGCUCGAGCCAAAAUGGUGGACAAUGCGCAACAGAUUCACACUAUCGCUGACAUACGGAUACAUUUAACCUUUGACCUUUCCCUAGUUUCACGGCGUGGAGUUGUUGGUGUGCUCUACUACAGGCUGCAGCAUGGCUUCAUCAGCGAAAAGGCGAGCAAUUGGUGUGGGGAAAAAUCCUGAUGAAGAUGAAGGCGACAGCUCAGAUGAGAGAAUUGACGACGACGAUGGAGACUCAGAAGAAGAUAGUGAUGAGUCCGAGGAAGAAAUCAACGAGGAGGUGGUAGUAGAUUUUGAGGCUCACACAAUAUCAGACAAUGACUUCAAUGGGAUAAAGAAGUUGCUACAACAGUUGUUUUUGAAGGCCCACGUUAAUAUGUCUGAGCUCACUGACAUCAUUAUCCAGCAGAAUCACAUUGGAAGCGUCAUUCGGCAAGCAGAUGUUCCUGAAGACAGUGAUGAUGAUGAUCCAGACGAAGUUUUUGGCUUCAUAAGUAUGCUGAAUCUAACAGAGAGAAAGGGUGUGGAGUGUGUGGAGCAGAUUAAGGAGCUGGUUCUGGCCCAUUGUGAGAAGGCUUGUCCCCCCACCGUCACUGAGCAGCUUGAGAAGGCCUUGAAUGACACGACCAAACCGGUGGGGCUGCUGCUGAGCGAGCGCUUCAUCAAUGUGCCCCCCCAGAUCGCCCUGCCCCUCCAUAAGCAGCUCCAAGAUGAGAUUUUAGAAGCACAGAGGACCAACAAACCCAGUGGGAAAUGCCAUUACUGUCUGAUGAUCAGCAAGACCUGCAAGGAGGUGAAGAAGACCAUCCCUAACAGAGGAGCCCCAAAGGAGGAUAUGAUGUUUGUGAAUGCAGAGGAGGAGUUUUUCCAUGAGCAAGCGUCUGUAAAGUUCCAGUACUCAGUCCAGGAGGAGACAGACUCAUGCCUGAGUGGAAGGUGGUCGUUUGAUGACGUGCCGAUGAAGCCGUAUCGCACUGUCAUGUUGGUUCCCAUGGACAAAAUGGGAGUUAUAAUGGACAAACUCAAGGAGUACCUCACUGUUUGAUCUACUUUUCAUAUGUUGUAUGACUAUACCUUCAUACAAACCUCUGGACCUUUAAAAAAGUGUGACCGACGCUGAAAGUUUCUUAGUCCAGUGGAUGGUGUCUCUUCACCUCAUUAAGUCCAACUGCAUUGGAGUUUGAAUUAUGUUUUUUCUAACCUGGUCAACCAAUUAAGGCCAAGUGGUAGUCUUAGACUGGUAUUGAAUCAUUUGUGUAAAUUCAUAUUGUCACUUUCCUGAAAUAUAAUUAUUUUUGAAAUUAUUUAUCUCAGACUUGAGGUGAAAGUCUGAGAUUCCUUAAACCCAGUGAAACAUUUUUCUGCGGCUCAAUGCAUUAAACAAAUCAACUUCUGUAGUCCAUAACUGCAAUAAUUUAUUCAUCUGUCAUUUGUGUAAAUACUAAUCACAGAAUACCUGAAAAUAAUUCAACCUCUCCAAGAAAACUUUCUGUACACUAGAAGUCCAAAAUUUAUGUACAUGUAUGUUCCAAAAACCAUUCAGAAAUUGCAUAUUAAAAUGCAAUAUAUUCCUUCCCUGAAUACAUGUUUUUUUUAUCUGCAACAUGUCCUACAUGAUGAGACAUUUAACAUUUCCACAGAAGGACAAAUGUGCAGACAUGCUUCAUAGUUCAUUUUGGCAACUGGUCUUCAGAUUCUGAAUGCAGUAUGAAUAGUUCUACUGGAUCACACAUCUGUCAUAAGACUGUGGCUCUGGACAGUCUGUUUGUGUGGUGAUGGCCUGUGAGGUCUGGUUGUUGUCCUUGCAGCUGCCAGGGCCUUCAUGAUCCAUGAUGCACUGCAGUAUGUCUCUGCUCUCACUUGACGGCAGAUUGUAGAAGAAAUACUGGGGUGCCAUCUGAAUGAAUCUAUGGAAGGACGACAAAAUCACUCAACCCAUUUUACUGAAACCAUAUUUUCAGAAUGAUAUACAUUUACCAGAUUAGUUAAUGGGAAUUUAAUCUGGGUUUGUUUUUUACACCUAAAAAAAAAAAUCCCUUAUUUUGGAAAACCACAAAUCCCUUCAGUUCUGGGAACUGUAAUCUCCAAAUUCCCACUGUAAUACCAGACAGCAGAUUACAUAUCCAAAAUAAAAAAUACUGAAUUGUUUACA